GCACUGGUAGUCAAUAACAAUCACAGCCUUUAUCUCUACAGUCACUGCAUUUGAGUCUCACAUUGUGUUCACAACUACUACUCCCUCACACUUUCUCUCUCACUCUCCCUGUUAUCCAUCGAUUGUCUGCCCGAAGACAGCGGUUCCCAAACCCAUUAAGUCAAGCACAAUGUCAGCGGCGAAGGACAGGAUCAACACUAUUGCCAGGCAUUUGGCCGCAAACGGCGCCGACCAGAGCUCACCCGCCUCUAGUAUACCGAAGAAACGUGAGUCGCUGCUGAAGUGGAACGGAUGGGGAUAUAAGGACUCGAAGUUUGAAUUUGACCACAAGAAUCAUAUGUUCAGUUUUACGGGCGAAAGGUAUCGCAUCGGGAGUCAAAAUUUGCCACUUUUUAGUCAAUGGGUUGAGACAGCCCUUGGCGUUGAUCUCAAGAAGCGCUUCUACUCACAGUCAGAGUCGGAAGCGUUGGAUUUGCCGAAACCCAUAGUCAAUGAGCAGCUGAUGAACGAUCUGCUGAAGACGUCGAUCGCCCACUCGUUUGACGCCAGCGAUCGACUGUUCCGCAGUCACGGCCACUGUUUGCACGAAAUAUUUACGCUCAGAGGCGACAAAUUCAAAAGAGUUCCCGAUCUAGUCGUUUGGCCCAAAGCGCACGAAGAAGUGGUGACUAUUGUCAAGUUGGCCACCGAUCACAAUGUCGUAGUCAUACCGUUCGGCGGCGGGACCAGCGUUUCGGGCGCUCUUGAAUGUCCAGAAAACGAGAACCGAAUGAUCAUUUCGUUGGACACUUCGCAGAUGAACCGUGUCUUAUGGGUCGACCACCAGAACCUGACCGCACACAUCGAGUGCGGCAUUUUCGGUCAGGAUCUCGAGCGAGAGUUAGCCAAACACGGCCUCUGCACCGGACACGAGCCCGACUCAUACGAGUUCAGUUCGUUGGGCGGAUGGGUGGCCACCCGGGCGUCCGGUAUGAAGAAAAACAUUUACGGCAACAUCGAAGACAUUCUGGUUCACGUGAAAAUGGUGACACCGAAGGGCACCGUUGAGCGCAACUGUCAGGUGCCCCGCAUAUCGUCCGGACCCGACAUUCAUCACUUCAUACUCGGUUCGGAGGGAACGCUGGGUGUUAUCACUGAAGUGACGCUCAAAUGCGAGAAUCUUCUGGAGAAACACGAGUCAGACAUUGAGAACUGGUAUUUCCACCAUCAGAACCAACCCCUCCAGAGCUAUCUGUGUGUCGACAGAGCCCUCAAGAGAGGCGAUUCCGGAUGUCUGACCGAAGAGAUCCCGACCGAUGGCGACACCAAAACGAGUGAUAAACAAGAAUUAUAA